AUGACGCGAGAGGCGACGACGACGACGACGACGCAGACGACGACAUCGAAAAACGCUUUGGAAGGUAAUGAUGAAGGUUUAGGAGGUGAUGGUUUUGAUGAGGACAAAAAAAACGCGUCGUUUUUUAGGUCCUACACCUCCCUCCUCUCCCGUUGGCCGGCGAGGAAAAAACACGUCGAUUUCCUCCUCGCCGCACUCGGCGGGAGCUUCGGACGCGACGCGAAAACCUGUCUCGCGCCGAACGUCCACGUCCACGGCCCACCGUCGGUCGGGAAAACCAUGCUCCUGAGAGAUAUGUUCGACCUGCUGGAGAAAAAGUUUGGGUUCGCGUACGCGUACGUGAAUUGCGUGGACGCGCACGAGAAAAAGUUGAUGUUUGAAGCCAUCGUGGAGCAACUUCGACCGCACUUCAAGGAGGAAAGGCGACGUCGGAUGUUGGCGAAAGAACGAGCGAGAGCGAUAAAAGCGAAAGAAAAAGAGUUUAAGAGAAAAGAAGAGGAGAAGGAAAACGAAUGCGACGACGAGAGGAAUAAUAAAAGCAUGUGCGACAACAAAACCUUGGAGGAUGGGAUGAUGGAAGUAAAAACGUCUUUGGCGUUGGUCUCCGCAGCCGUGGCGAAGACCGCGACGAGCGCGGCGAACAAAAAGAAACGGAAACGCGCGAUACACGUGGCAGAUUUCGUGCAACUGUUGAAAGAAAACUUAGAUAGAAACGGGCCUAGGAUUACCAUCGUCGUCGACGACGCGCAUCGACUGGCGGAGCAAAAAGACGAUCGAUUUUUACCGACGCUUUUGAAAAUUGGCGAACUGACGAAACGAAACAUUCACGUGGUCACCAUCUCCUGCGAAUCCAUACAGACGUUUCAAAGCAACGUAGAUUUAGUCAAACCGCAAACGAUAUUCUUCGACGCGUACACGAAAGAGGAACUGAUUGAAGUCUUGUUGAAGGAAGCGCCGAGAGAUAUCGCGAAGAAACAUUACCGGGCGUUUCUGGUUCCCAUGGUGGCGGCUUUUUACGACACGUGUCGCGCGCCGAGAGAGCUUCGAACAGCCUUGGAACCGUUAUGGAAGCGGUACAGCGAGAAAUUAUACGAGGCGAUGCGUAAUGGAACACCCGAGAACGAGUUGCCAGAACCGCGAAGGUUAUACGCCAACCUGAUGAGCGCCAAGAAGAUGAAGAAAGUAACGAAUGAACCCGCCGCCUCUUCUCAACAAAAACAACAACAGCAACAACAACAGGCAAAGAUUCACGCGGGUCUCACCGUCCCUCUCUCCAAAGCCAACUUGGCGUUACAACGCGGCGAGUGGCCCGUCCCAGAGGAGCGCUACUUCACCGGAGAAGCCGUCUUGGAAGAUGCGACCGGAGACGCGGCGAACGCCACCACCAACACCUCCUCCAUCGCCAAAGCUUUAGACUUUGACAUCCCAAAACUCACGAAGUUUCUCCUCCUCUCCGCGUACAUCGCCUCCAAAAACGACGAGUCCGUCGACAACCGCAUCUUCAUCACCGACGCCACAGGAGGCGGUAAUCACCGAAAACGCGGUCGCCUCGGUCACGACCGCAACGCCGACCGCGCCGCCCGCCGCUCCUUGGAAGACGCCAACGCCUUCAAACUCGAACGCCUCCUCUCCGUCUUCCAACACAUCGUCCGCCGCUCGUACGAAGAAAACGGCGCCGACCUCGCCGACCUCGAAGAAGAGCUCCUCUCCGCCGAUGUCUUCACCCAAAUCUCCAGCGCAACCUCCUUAGGUUUGCUCGUGUUGAGUUCCGGCGACGCCAUGUGCGGCGGUAAAUAUCGCAGCUGCGUCUCGGACGAGCUCGCCGAGAAGUUGAGCAAAAAUCUCGCCGUCGAUUUGAAGCUUUACAUACACUACAUUUAA